AUGUCGACCAACGCCAACCUCGCCUCCGGCCAGUUCAUCACAACCAUCAGUGGCAAGAGAUGCACAGCCGUUCCAAAGGCUGGGGGCGGAGGCGGCGGAAGUGCCGCAACCACGGCGGCCAACAAUGGCAAUCGAAACGGAGGCACUGUGCAGGCCACAUUCAGCGCGGUGCAGGCGGCUUCGUCCUCGGCUACUUCUGACACAUCGGCCACGACCGCGACGCAAGGAACACCAGCCGGAGCCGCAGCGGCGGCGUCAGUUGCCAGUGCGGCGGCGGCAGCGAGUGUGGCUACAGGUGGCCCUCUAAGUAUUACAAACGGAAACGGCGCUGCAAUUUUCUCGACAAUUGCCGCACCCCCGGAAGCUACAGAUGAUGGAUCUUCGACGGCAGCGGCCGCAGCAGCUGCCGGUGGCGAUGGGAACAACGCAGCUAUAGGUGCUGUAACGAACACACCCGGAACGAACCCAGAGGCGACCAUUGCUAUUGCUGGCGGCGUGAUCGGUGGAGUGGCAUUUCUGUGCCUUGUUGCAUUUUUAGUCUGGUUCUGGCGCCGCCGGAUGCGGAAGAGACGCCGCAGCACUCUGCUUACACCUUUGUCGACAGACCCGGCCACGUUUGGGGGGCGUGGUGGCGGUGAUGGAACUAUGAGGAACGGCGAGAAGGGUGAAUAUGUCAUUAACCGCGGCAGCAUUGGGCCGACGCCGAAGACGGAACGCAUCAAGGCAACUCUGGAUUACAACAUCCGGAGAAUCAAGGGACGCUUUGGAGACAUGGUGGCAAGCCGCGCCUCCAAUGGCAGUGUAAACAUGGACCGGGGCAACUCGCAGUUCAUGGAGGCCAACAAUGUCAACGGCAGCCGCGACAGCAACACUACGAACAACACGGAAAACACUGACGCUGUAAAUGGGGGCUAUGGCGCGGCAGCCAAGGAUCGCGUUGCAGGCUGGUUUGGCCGUAUUGCAGGUGCGGGUGCCGGACUGACCUCAAAGCUCCGUGGCAGAAGCAACGUGGAUGCAGGCGGUCAAAAUGAGAAGCGCCUCAUGGAUGCGCAGCCGAACAACAAGGACGGCCAGCCCGACUUCCUGACCUUGCUGGGCAUGGACGAGCGCGAGCUCGAAAGGGCCGCCCAGAACAAGAAGAACAGCAAGAAGAAGCGGGCUAGCAUGGACCGCGGUCGCACAGGCAGCAGCGGCAACAAUGACUACCUAGGCCGCCUCAACAUCGACUUCGAUGACCCGUUUAGCGACUCCAACGCCGUUGCCCACCAGUCGGCUAAGCCCGCGCCAUUGGCAGUCAGCCAAACGAACAACCCCUUCUCUGACGCGAACGCCAUCCGCAGCAACGGCGGCGAAUAUUCGAACCCAAAGCCGAAUACAUAUGUGGCUGACAUUCGGCGCUCUCGCGGCCAGAACGACCGUCUGACCGACUUCAGGUUAGAGUCCAUGUAUCGGGACUCAGUCCAGACGGUCAACACGGUUGACACAUCCGCAAAACGUAACCGCUUCCGCUCAGAUCCCUUCGACUUGGAGCGCCCAGAGCUGCUUCAGCUCGGCCGCUCGACACCUAGGACGGUGACAUCGUCAAACAUGAGCGUGGCUGGGUCGUCAAACGCGCCAAGAAUGUCUGACGCAUCAGGCAGUCGCCUCUCUGGUGGCGUUGGCACUGGGGAGAUCCGACGUCCUCGUACUGCGCACCAGCGUGGGGACAGCUUCACCAGUAAAUACUCCAGCGGUGUGAGCAUGGGCGAAUGGAGCGAUCCUGGCCCAGAUGUUGGACCGUCAGCACCGAUGUGGGGGGACAACAACAGUGACCGACGACGAGAUAGCCCAACGAAAGGCCGACAGAGAAGCAAUAGCGACGAAAGCAGCAGCAGCGUUGGGAAGGCUUUAUAA